AAAACACACAAGCACACGCACUGUAAGUGUGUACACCCUAUUUUACCUAUAUAAAUCGCGUAAAGCAGGCUGCAGGAGUAGGAUUCACGAGAAAGGAACUACCGGCUGUGGUCGUGUCUUGUACCUGCCACCAACAUCGCUGAUUUGCAUCGUUUUGUGCGUAAUAAGCCUACGCUGUGCAUUAAUUAUUAUGCUCCAAGAGCUUGUCGAUUAAUUUUCUCUGGAUCAUUUUUACAAACAGAUCUCACGCGAGUACAACACAAAAACAGAACAAUGGAUUUGUGUCAACAAUGGUUAGACUGCAUAGAGAAACAGGAUUGGCAUAGUUUAGCUGCUUUUGCUAAACCUGCAGAUUUCGUCAUUAAAACAAUUCCAAGCGAUUUGGAUAAUUUUCUCAAAACCGUCAAAGCUGCAGAAUUAGUUGUAGAUGAGAGUGAUAGCAAACUUCCUUUGAAAGCAAAAAUCAUAUUUCUCAAAUGUAUUUCUAAUUCUUGUCUCGAUGGUUACAAAGAUGAGAAAUAUAACAUAAAAAGUUCCACAAACAGUAAUAAUUUUUAUCAGAACUUGUAUGAAGAAGCAUCUGGAUGGACAUCAGUUAAUAAAGAAAAUGGUAUUGAAAACGGAGGAAGCAAAGAAAAUAGUAUUUAUCCAUAUACAAAAUAUUUUCCAUAUGAACAUAUUAUUAUUUGGGUUGUCAAAACUAUUAGUGAAUUUGGAGAGUUAGAGUCAAAAAAAUCUUUGGUGGAAGAGCAAGUGGAAUUAUUAUGCGUAGGCUUGAGAUUUUUAUGCAAUUUUCUUGCAUUUGCCAUUAACUUGUCUUAUGGAAAUGACAAAUCAGCCAUACCUAGCUAUUUCAAUGAUGAGAAAUUCAAAAAUGCUGUCAUAGAAUUUGUCAGCAAUGAAAAAAUUCCGAUUGUAAAAGUAUCAUGUUGUUUUGUCAAUAAUAUGAUAAAAAACUUUGACAAGUCUUUCCAUGAUUCUAUGGAUAUGAUAAAGCUUACUAAAAAAUUAAUGAAAUCAACCAUAUCUGAUGUCUAUGUAGCUUGGGAUACAUUAUCAAUCUUGCUUCAAAAAUCAUACUAUUUGAGAGAUAUAUACGAUAAGAUAGAAGAGGAUAAAGAUAAGGACAAGGAUGAAAAUAAGGACAAGGAUGAGAAAAAAAAGGAAGAGUAUGAGGGUGGGAAAUUGCAUUUACUAGAUAUAAUUUAUCAAGAAGUUAGCUCUAACGUUCAUAAAGUAGGAGAUGAAAAAAAGUUUAUAUUACAUGAAGAUGUUGUGGAAUAUUUGUCUGACAAAUUUAAAAGGAAUUGUGACAUCAUUUUGAAUACAAAGGAUGGCAAGUUAAAAAACAUAGAACCAACAGAAGUAUCCAUAAUUUUAGAUAUUUUGGGAAUAUUGACCUCCAAUCCUAAUGGAGACGAGGCUAUAAAAUUAAGAGAUGAUAGAAGCCUUUUGAUAAGUAGUACCUAUCUUUUAAAAGCAAUUCAAAUGGUCGGCAAAGAGCCGAAUAAUUUUUUCACUCCAAUACAAAAACUUAGCGAACUAUCCUUGGCGGACAACUACGAUUGUUGUAGAGACGAUAAAACAGAAUCGGCUGAUCACGUUUGUGCACGAACUAUAAAAACUCAUCCUGCAUAUGGGUUCAAAGUUGGUCUCAUUCGUUUAAUUGGAAAUUUGGUUUACCAGCAUGAAAAAAAUCAAAAUCUCGUCCGCGAAAAUCAGGGCAUUCCACUACUUCUCGAUUGUUGCAAUCUUGAUGCCAGAAACCCAUUGAUAAUUCAAUGGACAACUCUAGCUAUACGAAAUCUUUUGGAAAAUAAUAAAGAAAACCAAGAAAUCAUCCGGAAAAGCGUCAAAAUCGGUCAAAUUGACAGUGCAACCAUGAGGGAACUGGGCUUGACCUUGAACGAAAAUAGUGACGGUGAUGCGAUAGGGAUAAUUCCUUUGCCAAAAAAAUCGUAAAAUAUUGGAUUUCCGCAGCCAAUCUUCUAUAUAUUACUUGAUACGUUCUCAUGUGAAUAUUCAAAGUAUAACAAUAGUAUUAAUUAUGAAUAUAUCUUAAACGCCAUUGCUAUAAAAUAUGAAGCAUAAAUAUGAAGACUUAAAAAAAGUGAUAAUGUUUUUUAUACGUACUUUACACGUGCAAGAUUGUGCACUAGACGAUUAAUUUUUAAAUAUUUUGUAUUCGACACUUUACGUUUAUUUGUCUUUGAUAUACAAAAUAACCAAAUGAAAGUUUAA